AUGCCUCCGGCUGCAGAAACCUUGUGUGCCACAGCCGCAGCAACAACAACAACAACAACAGCAGCAACAACAACAACAGCUCAAGCAAGCCCCAGUAAAGUUCGUCCAUACUUCGAAUGCGGCCAAUCCCACCGUGCCUCCCCAAGUACCGAGGCCAGACGGCAGUUUAUAUCUGGAUCACUCCGCAUCCUUCCUGCAGCGGUGCCACUUCAGCGACGAGUCCGCGGCCGCAACGGCAGAUAUCACCAGUGUGCUUGGCCGAUCCCCUUUGCUCCGGCCCAUCACGACGGCGAUUGGCGCGCGCUGGAGGCGGGGAGAAAGGGCCGGAUCCGAUGGUGCUUCGGCGAGCAGGCGGAGUCUCCGCGGCAGAUCGCGUUCCGGGCCUGCGGGCGAUGGCUUCGAAGUCUGCGGCACGCGACGACGGUCUGGGUCUCGACCGGGAACUCUGAGGCCUGUUACCGGGAGGACGUGCUGUGGUGCACGUUUCUCCAUGGGCAUUUUGAGCUGAUGGCCGAAAGCUCCGGCGACUCCUUCGCCACGCACCUGCUGUUCGGUACGUCUCGAGUCCUUUCGCUGCUGGAGCUGGAGCCCACACGCCCGCUCUCGCUCUCCAGGCCCACGAAGAGCUUGGCUGACGCCUUCGCAACCCUCGAGAGCCACCGGGCCAUCCUCUACGGCGACAAGGCCACCCUUGCUCCAGCCGGAGACCAGCCGUGCCUGCUGCAGCCAGACGCCAGGGGGAGGGAGAUCCUCGGACUCAUGGUACAGACCUCAAACUUUGCAAAACGGCAAGUUCACCCUUCCUCGAAGUCUUUGCAGGAGAUUUGGGCGUAUGACGGGGGAUUAGCUACAUGA